AAAUUUUGUUUACAAUUUGAUAAAGGAAAUAUUGUGUUAUCAUUCAAUAAAUGCGUCUCUUUAGAUAUAUAUUAUUAAAACCACAUGGAUGACAUAACGUUUAAAGAAUGUUUUAAGUUAUACUGCUGCAACAAUCGAUUUCGUAAUGAGCAACUACAUAAGGAAAAUUAUUGUCGUUGGUGAAAACGGAAAUGGAAAAAGUUUAACUUGUAACACGCUCCUUGGAAAAGAGAUAUUUGAUGGAUCCAAAAGAUUGCGUACGGCAGGUUGUGAAACUUGUUACCUUCAUACGAGGUCAGUAAAUCUUUGGGUCGUCGAUUCUCCUGGGAUGUUUGAGCCUGUCAGUGUUCUUGCUGAACGUGCAUUGGAAAUACAGAAUGCUGUUAAAGAAUGUAAAGAUCCACAUGCCUUUCUUAUCGUAUUCAGAGCGGACAGUAGAACGGAAGAUCGAAAUACAAACACCAUCGAGAUGCUUCGUCUGAUUUUUGGGGAGGUUUUCUUCAAACACGCAAUUGUUGUCAUUACAAAUGCGGCCAAGUUUAAAUCGGAUGCAGAUUUUCAAUCAUAUAGGAAACAAGGAAAAAUGAGUCAAAUAGUAGAUCUAUGUCAAGGAAGAAUUGUGAGACUGGAAAAUAAAGAUGCAUCACCACAGAAGAAGAGGGAAAUGAUAGAUAAAGUAUUUGCCUUAGUUGAUAAUGUGUCCAGGAUGGGCAAUUUCUGCUACGAAAACAAGGAAUUACACUGUCACAGAGAAAUGUUAGAGUACCAUUUGAAGCAUGUCGCUGCCAACAUGCCGGUGAAUAAUCAGAUAGAAGAAAUGAAACGGUGCCUGCGAGAGAAUUUACAAGAAAAUGGAUCAGAUAGCGGGUACUACGAAGUUGCCAAAAGACAUUGAAUUGAAAUUAAAAUGGUUUGAUCAUGAAAACAUUGAUGAUUUCUUCCUUAUGUAGAAAUGGUUUUUACUCCUACACAUCACUACAUAGUUUAAAAAAAAAUAGAAAAAAGAACUAAAUGUGAAGAGAAUAUUUCUUGCCGUCUCAUCAAACU